CGCCGGCGACCGGCGUCUCCGCCGCCGCAUUCAUUAGCCCCCACUCGAACACAAUUCGCCCUGCCCAUAUCUCCCUCGCUAUCCCCUUCCGAAAGAAACCCCCACCCCACCCAGCCUCCAACAAUCAGCACCACCAGACGCCCACGCCUUAUCAGCCACCGCCACCGCCACCGCCGGCUCGCACCGGCCAGAGCUCGAGCUCCCAUCCUCCCCCAACUCAUCGGCCGCGUCGUCCUCGUCAUUUUCCUGCCUCCCCUCCACCCCGUGGUCUCGCCUCAUCCGGCGCGGAGAUCCAACUCGGGCGCGGCGUGGGGAGUCUGAUCGUUGACUCCAGAGCGAGCACGGCGCGAAGGCGGCGGAAGCAGCUGGCGGACAGAGAAGGAAACAUGGAGUCUGUUGAUGACCCUGUGAGCAGCAGCAGCUGCAGCAGGAGCAAGUGGGCCAAAAUGAUGAGCGCAGACUCGUGGAGGUGGUGUUUAGGGUUGAUUUACAUCGUUGCUAUUGCGGGUAUAUGGAUUGCUGCAAGCUACAUCGUUCAGUCUGUCGUGGAUGGCGGUGUUUCUCCGUUCUUGAUUACCUACAUAUGCAAUUCUCUGUUUGUUAUCUAUAUCCCGAUAGUUGAGGUUGCUCGGUACUUUGAGGAUUCUGUCAAUAACAUGUGGGCAAAGUUUAAAGACAAAGAUGGUGCAAACCUGCAGCAGUCCGCUGACCUAGAGAGCGUGAAUCUUCUACAUAGCAGCAAGCGGGAGGCCAAUGCAGCCUCAUCUGAGCCACUGGAAUCAUUGCCUGAGGACAAUUUGGCUUCAGACACCAACUUUCCUGGCCAUACAGAGCUAGGCGUUGCAGAUUGUAGCAAAGGGUUGGAUGCAAAAGGGCGCUGGACACGUGCUCGUACUGCCAGAGUCAGCAUGCUAGUCUGCCCGUUUUGGUUUCUUGCACAGCUUACAUUCAAUCUGUCUCUAAGAUACACCACUGUUACGUCAAACACGAUCCUGAGCAGCACGUCAACCCUCUUCACUUUCCUGGUUGCAUUAGUAUUUCUUGGAGAAACAUUCACAUGGGUCAAGCUAAUCAGUGUCCUUCUCUGCAUAGGAGGAACGAUAAUAGUUAGCCUGGCUGAUUCAGGCACUACACUGAAUGCUAUUGCCACAAAUCCUCUUCUUGGAGACUUCCUUUCUAUUGUUUCAGCUGGCUUAUAUGCUGUGUAUAUCACGUUGAUACGGAAGAAGUUACCUGAUGAAAAAGAAGGUCAAGGUCAAGUGAGCAUGGCUCAGUUUCUGGGAUUCUUGGGACUGUUCAAUAUGUUAUUUUUCCUUCCUGUUGCGUUGGUGCUGAAUUUUGCCAAGCUGGAGCCAUUCCACAGACUGACAUGGGAGCAAGUUGGUCUCAUUGUUGGGAAAGGUUUGUUGGACAAUGUUUUGAGUGACUACUUGUGGGCAAAAGCAAUCCUUCUCACAACAACCACUGUUGCCACAGCUGGUCUCACUAUCCAAGUUCCAAUUGCUGCCAUCGUGGACACACUCACUGGUCAUGCUCCCCAUCUGUUGAACUACAUCGGAGCUGCUGCUGUAUUAGUUGGUUUUGCUGGCAUCAACAUUCCGUCUGAUACACCGCAGCCUCCUCAGCAAGAGCAGGGAACUCCCAUUGUUAGCAUGGUGGAUGACCCCCUUCGUUUGCCCAGUGAUACAAACUCUACCAAUGCCGUUUCGUAGUAGCAGCCUGGCUUGUUUGGAGUUUUUUGUGCAGUGUAAAUACCAAGCAAUGUAAUUGUUUCCCCUUGCCAUGGCACAGUACAGUCAGUGUAAUUGUUUCCCCUUGCCAUGGCACCACAGCAAAAGAGAUGCACGUGGAUUGAAGUGAAGCUUCGCCUGUUCGGUUUGGAGCAACUGCCCUGCGGCCCCUCGUAGACUCGUAGUACUAUACCUACCUAUGUGUGUACCAAAUCAUGUAUCCCAUGCUUCAUAGAGGAACGGAAUUUCAUUUGUGAAUUGUGAUGCGUUGUGUGGCUUCAAGGAUAGGUGCAGGUAGUUUUUUGUUGUAUAAGGUGAAACGAUGUUGUUUUUGUGCCGUCUGUACCAAUGUUCAUACGGAGUACAAAAACUAUUACAGUUUAUUCAUGUUUGUAUUGUUCA